UGCGUUAUCCGGUAUAUUCGGAUACCCAUUGGAGUUUUCCGUUUUUGGAUCACUCUUCCGCGUCCUUUCGGUGUACCUGUACAGCUUCAUGCUGCUAACCGUGGAGAGUUUACUGGCCCUCGCGUCCAAAGUCGAGCCGCGGUCUAUAGCUGACCACAUGGCUUCUGUCAAUGCCAUGAAGGCGGAGGGAAUCCUUCUGCCUGAACUAGCGCGGCUCAAUCAAGACCUGGCCGACGAGGUGCGGCGCCACGACGCAGCAAUGCAGCACUUCGAACGCAAUCGCGACAAGGCUAAGGUUGAGGCGAAGCCAGAAGUAUCGACAGCAUCCCCUCCAAAGUCUCCCCGAAUACGGCGCAAAGCGUCACUACAUGGCUUCCGAUUGAUCUUGGACGACGACACGGAUCUAAGCGAAGGCAUCAAAAUUAACCCCGACUCCGAUGGCUCUGCUUCGUCGACGUCGUCGGACCUCCACCCGCCGCAGCAGUCGUCGUCAUCGUCGCCGCCGCGGGUCAACUACCAGAGUAUGUUCCUCGCUGCGGCCAUCCAACUCCUCGAAGACAAGCGGUCAUCGCUGUCCACCGAGUUUGCCGCGGCGCCGCGCCUAUCGCUUCCGCCAGACACGCUCUUAGCAGGGUACUUGCGGAAAGCCAAGGACAACUCGCUCCGGUCAUGCUCCAAGAAGUAUGUCGUGCUCACUCGGGGAUCACUUACGUACUACUCGGACCACAUGGACAAGGCACAGCACGUGGCGCUCGUCCGGUUCGUCUGCCGCGAAGUUCUCAGCCAGCGCUUCCAACACAAAUUCGCGUUUGAGCUGAUCGCGACCGACAACAACUCGACGAAAGCGUCCAAGGCCAAGCUCGUGUGGAUGGCCAAGUCGGAGCAAGAGCGACGAGUAUGGGUGCACGCCAUUCGAGCCGUGAUCAACGAGCCACAGUACCACGUGUUGGCUCGUGGCAGUGGCUUUGACGGUAACAUAUGCUGGUGUAAUCGCCAGUUUAUAAGCCAGCGACUUUCAUCACGCCAUACUACUAUUUUGGUCCUAGGGGACUGCUACGAGUGUAUUUUGCUACGACGACACGUGCAAGCGGCCACGGACAAAUGUUCCUACCUGCGAACACUGCAACAAUCCAAGCGAGAGCUGCACAUGCCCGUGGAAUGGAUCCACAAGCAGGAGCAAGUGGCCCGUCACCCCCGAGGUCGGUGCGGCAUGGACCAGGUGUUCAAAGACCUGGAGCGAGACAAAGUGAAGAUCAACAGCCGCGUGUUCAGCGGCGCUGACGGCAGCGAAUGUGUGCUGGGGGCGCUCACGCGGGUGUUCAUGCAAGUGCAAAGCCAGCACGACGUGGAGGAUCAGAAGGAGCUCACGGAAGCCCAAGCGCUGGCCAUCGUGCGGAGCUUGCUGCUUAGCUGCAACCGCACGCAGUCGGGCGGCGACACGUACGAAGCUGUCGAGUUCCUCUAUCACAACCCGUCGUUGAAUGUGCUGUGUCCCAACCAACUGGAAGCCGACCCCCUCGAGAUCAACGUGUUUCUGCAUGAUCCGUGCCCCGCCGUGUCCCAGUAUGUCCCCGACGGCGAUGUGACAGAUCAUUGGCCAAGAGACAUCACCGGGGGUCCUCGGUCCUCCGGCGGCGGGCACGUCCGCCACUUGUCUGGGGGCGCCAUUGCAACCGCUGCCGUGGACGACCUGACAGAAGGCAAGUCCGCGUCGGCGCUCCACUUGUUUGGAAAGGACCAGCGUGUGGCGGCAGAAGAGCCCCCGCUGCUCGUGUUUGCCGGCAAGAAGAUGCACAUUACGAUCGUGGCGUCGACGUCGUACAAGGUGUGCGAUUUGAAUCCCCAAGGCAACUCUGACGACGACACGUGGGCCGUGUUGGACGCGGUUUUCCAGCAGUCGUUUGUGUACGUCCCAUGCUACGGUGUCCUCGAAGGCAAAGGGUCCGUGCGAGUCAAGCAUCAAAAGUAACGUCAUGGGGGUUGGGGUUUCCUUGUCCACAGGGUACUUACUGUAGUACAGUACUACAGUAACCAUAAGUUGUUUCAAGCAACUUAGUACUAGUACUGUACUGACUUAGUACUAAGCUUAGUAGUACUUCUAGUAGUAGAAGUAAUUACUACAAGAGGCUGCGGGAAAUGAUCAACUUUCCGUUCCUCAAACGAUACGG